UGGCGGAGAGCUUUUAGCGCGACGUGCUGCAGCCAAUCACAGGAAUGUUUUUCCUGUCAUGUCAGUGUUCGAGUAGUAAGCUAAAGGAUAAUAUAUGUAUAAACUCAUAUAAAAGACGAUUUUUGUCGUUAAGGCAGUAUAGCACGGGGAGGUUUGUGUAAUUCGACCGAGUCUUUCGUCUUGGAAUUUAUUCGUGAAGAUGUAAAUACAGUCAUGAGCGCGACGACAAGCGAAUUAGAUUAAACCUGCUAGUAAAUGUUAGCAUUAAGCCGCUAAUUUUUAACGUUACACAAGGCCGCGGAUAAUUACCACUGCCGCUUCCUGUUCUGGUUCCGUUGAGAAUGUAGGUAACGCUGCGAAACGUUACGACAUCUCAUUAGCCGUUUAGUUGCCCUACUAGCGUAUCCGAGAACAGCGAAGUUACUUUUCAAUAGGCUUUCAAGCUGCUCUGCUUGUUAGCUAUUUGGCUAGCUAGUUAGCAUGAGUGAAACUCGGGAGUGCAGACAGUCCGCUGACUCUGCUUCGAGAAAACGGUGUCUGUCACCACCGUCCGAGCGGGAUGAUGGGAGCGGGAUCCACAGCAAGUACCCCAGGGCAACCAAUUCGUCAAACGAAGCAGGGUUAACUUCUGGAAGUUGCAGAAACAGCGAAGCCGAGAGUAAACAAACAGCUGCGAGGCAGUCGGGAGAUAACAAGGAAGAAGCUGCUGCAGCUGUGCAGAAAGAUCAAGGUUCAAGCAGCACUAAUGGUGCACUACGUGUCAAAAACUCAGCUGAUGCUGGUCAGGAUGCCAGCAUCACAGAAAACCCCCAGUUCUCAAAUACUGAGAGAUCUUCUGGAGGAAAUGUGGGGGGAACUGCAGAAAGAGAUUAUCAAUCUUCGUCCACUCUGGAUCAGUCGGACUCUGCUGCCAUAGCAGCUGCUGAAGCUCUUGCCAGUCUCACAGGGGGAGACGGCGAAGAUGGCGAGGAGACACCUUGCUCAUCUGAAAAGGCCAAGCAAGCAAAACAAGGGAGUAAAUUUAAACACCGUAUUGGUCAACAGCUGUCGGACUGUAAAACACAAGCAGCUGCGGACAGCUCCACAUCUGUGCACAGUACUGACAAAGACGAUGUGGAUGAAGGUGAUGAUUCUGUAUCCGGAUCUUCUUCCACACCAAGCUCCUCUUUUCCAUCAGACAAUGAGGAUAACGAGGAUGGGGAGUGUGCCAUUGUCUCCGUUAAAAUGGCCCCAGAGAUGCGACAGUCUGUGGCUCUUCUGGCACAGGUACAGAUGAGACUGGAAGCCCUGGAAAAGAAAAGUGCUAGACUCCACCAGCGGCUGGAGUUGAAGAUUAGUCGCCAGCGGCGCCCACAUCUGGAUCAGCGUAGCUCCAUCACAAAAACCAUUCCUGGUUUUUGGGUGACAGCACUGUUGAAUCAUCCUCAUCUGUCAGCUCACAUUGAUGAGACUGAUGAAGAUGCGCUUAGUUACAUGACCGAUCUUGAGAUUGAGUCUUUCACAAAUAAUAAACUGGGCUACAGGAUCCGCUUCCACUUCAGACGAAACCCCUACUUUCAGAAUAACAUCAUCAUGAAAGAGCUACACCUUGGGAUGGGAGGCUCUCCCAUGUCAUUUUCCAACCCCAUUCUGUGGCAUCGUGGGCAUAACCUGACAGCCCACAGUGAACCCAGGAAAACUGUACGUGGGGUUUACCAGACGUUUUUCAGCUGGUUCAAUGACCAUAGCAGCCCAGCUCAAGAUGAUGUCGCUCAGAUACUUAAGGAUGACCUCUACCGAGACCCUCUGAGAUAUUACCUCACUCCACUAUGGGAACCAAGAGAGAACGGCAGUACUGCCAGUGGGACCAGAGUAUCUGGAAACGGUAAUGGGGAUGAGUGUGUGGUAAUCUCUGACUCAGAUGAUGAGACUGGUGAUGAGCAUGGUGAGGCUGAACAAGGCCACAGUAAGGAGCAGGAAGAAGAAGAGGAGGAGGAGGAAGAAGAAGACAGGGGACCAAGUGCGGAUGAGAGCCCAGAGGAGGAGGAUGCUGGAGAAAUUGUGAUUGAUGGCUCUGACGACAGUGACCAGGAGGCCUAACAAGUGCAGAAGACGACGAUGACAUGUAUGUUGAGAAAGAAGAGCCAUCGUUGGACCACAACAGACCAAGGCCAGGGUGUUGGUUUUUGAAGACCACGAGAGGUUAAAUUUCUCUUCCUGAUGGUCGUUAUUUUUAUGCACAGAAUAUCCACUCUUGUUGUUUUAUACCUAAAAUACAGUUUAAAUCAGGGUUAACUACAAUGACGAAGCCAAGGCAGCAUGUUUCCCUCUAUUUUGUAGGCAGUCUGUGCUGGUGUAUUCUGCUGUAUUCUUAGUUCACACCACAGUUUUCUAGAGAACAGGUUCUUAGACACAUUAUUUCAGACAGUUUAUACAAUUAGUGUUCUACUAUAGUCUGUCCUCAUGGCUGUCUGGUUGCCACUCCUUGCGGGCAUUAGAUUUUGCAUUGCGAAUUCUUCACAUAGGUGAAAGCAGAACCUCCAGCGGCAUUAUCACUGAUCUUUUCAAGAACGAUUUUAGAAUCAAUAUGAUUUGUAUAAAAAGCUAAAUUGAGGUUGUGACAGUACAUGUCAGAUGCACUGAGUACUGAACCAAAAUUUAUUCUCAGGGAUGAUCACGGUGGAAGUUUUUUGAGAGGAAAAAAUAAAAAAAACUUUGCUGAUUGUGAGACAUGUUGGCUGUGUAUUAGUACACAUGUAUUCUGCUGUAAUAAGUAGGAACAGCCAUCCAUCCAUUUUCCAAACCCGCUUAUUCCAGUUGAGGGUCAGGAGGGGCUGGAGCCUAUCCCAGCAGUCAUUGGGGGUGAGGCGGUGUACACAAAUAGGGCUUUAUAUGCCAGUUAUUUCCUCCCUACUCAUUCACACCAACCUUCACCCCGCUUAAUAAUUUGUAAUCCCUCUAUUUUUAAAUUUGCUGUGUUGUUUGAUUUACAUUUUUUUUACAAAGCAUAAAUGCCGGUGAGUAUCUUCUUUUCUUUAUAUUUUAACUUAAUGCUUUGUAUUUGCUUUCUAAAUGGUUUUAAUGUUGAUUUAGUUUGUAUUCAUGUUGUUUCAGAUUGUGUUUUCUUUUUAAGGUAUUUAUUACAUUGUUGUUUCCAUAGUUCUGCAUCAUAGCAUACCUAUGAGCUUGAAGUAAAAAAAAACAUAAUUACUUUAAUAAUUUGUAGAAUAAAUAAUUUGGUAUCCAUUGUUUCACAGUGACAAAAUAGUGUGCACUGUAACUAUACUUGUAUUUGUUUACUUUUCUUAGUAAUGAGAUGUAAAUAAAUUUGAGCUUCAUCUUAAUUGUUUUAAUAAUGGUAAGGUUCAUCUCAUAAUAUGGAGUUUUCACAAAGCUAUAUAUAUUUUGUGUGCCGUGUUUUGCAGAACACUGUAGUGUAGUAAUACCUCCAGUACUGAACAAAAGUUUUAGGCACUGUCCAGUUUUUAU